UCCACUUUUUUUUCCUGCCCUUUCUUCCUUUUGCAGUUUUCUGUGCCUGUAAACACUCACCAGAACACGCCCUUUUCCCCCUUUUCAUUUUCCCUCCUCCUUCUUGCUGAACUCCCUUCUCCUCCUCCUCCUUCUUCUUCUUCGCGUUUCUGAGCUCCCAUGUCGAAUGGUAGCAGUUUGGCGAAAUUUUCCUGAACAGUGUUACAGUGUUCUGAACAAUAAUGGAAGGAAGCCUAAGGGAAAUUCCAGAUUUUUUUUUGCUUUUAAUAUCCUGGGUUGCUCAACUUUGUUCGUGAUUCUUGUACUGUUGUACAACAACAGUGGGGAUUUGAUGUGUCAUGAGAAAGGGAGUCUGGUUCUUCCUGUUCUGUUAUAUCAAAAAAUGGCUGCUUUGGGGUUGAUCUUGCGCUUGUUGCUUUGGACUUUGUGUGUUCCAUCUCUUGCUUCCUUUAGUCCUGUUGAUAAUCUUUUGAUAGAUUGCGGAGGCAAUGAGUCCCUUAGACUUGAAGACGGUAGAACCUUUAAGCCUGAUCUGGAGUUGCCAUCAGUCUCGGUGUCACCAAUAUCACAUAUUGUUGUCUCUCAUAAUGCGAGCCUUCCUCUGGGUAUCUAUAAUACAGCUCGGAUUUUCAAGAAGAAAACGGUGUAUACUUUUAGCAUCAAAGAGGAAGGAUGGCAUUUGUUAAGAUUGCAUUUCUUCCCCGUUGAAAAUACCAAAUACGAACUGAAAUCUGCUGUUUUCUCCGUUUUGGCUGGUGGAUUUAUAUUGCUCCACGACUUCUCAUUCAAGAUGUCUGCUCAAAAUCGAUCUACUUUGAUGAAGGAGUUUGCCGUCAGAGUGGGAACGGGUGAUUUCUUGUUGACCAUACAUCCUUCAGAAGAAUCAGUAGCUUUUAUAAAUGGGAUUGAAGUCAUUUCUACUCCAGAUGCAUUGUUCCCUUCGUCGGUUCUCGCUGUUUCUGAUGGUCUUCCUGUUAAAAUAUCUUCCAGUAUAGCUUUUGAAAUGGCUUAUAGAAUUAAUGUUGGAGGGCCUUCUUUGAGUUCAAAAACUGAUGCCUUGUGGAGGACCUGGGAGAUUGAUCACCCAUUUCUCCUUAACCCUGCUGCUGCUCACAAUAUCUCUACUUCUCCUGAUACCAUCAAAUAUCCUCCAGAAGUUUUGGAAGCAACUGCACCAAGUCUGGUUUAUGCAACUGCAGAAGAAAUGGCAGAUUCCAAUGUUGGUGUCCGGAGAUUCAACAUAUCAUGGAUGUUUGGUGUUGAGCAAGGUUUCAGUUACUUGGUACGCUUACACUUUUGCGAUAUUAUCAGCAAAUCAUUGAACAGCCUUGUUUUCAAUGUUUACAUUGGCAAAAGACCCGCUCUUCGCUCAUUUAGCAUAGGUAGUAAGGCAAGAUCAUUAUCAACGGCAUACUAUGUUGACUUUGUUGUUAAUAUUUCAGAUUCAGAUAAGCUGUUGGUUCAAAUUGGACCGCCAGAUAUGUCAAGUGUUUUUCCUAAUGCAGUUCUGAAUGGCCUGGAAAUCAUGAAACUGAGUGAUUCUGAUAAAAGCCUUGAUGGAUCUUUCAGUGCAGUUGCUGCUUCUUUGAGGGUAGGAAAGAAGAAAAAAAUGAUGCUUCUAAUUAUUGCUUCUUUUUUAGGUGGAUCUACUCUCCUAUGUCUUAUUGUUGCAGCAGUUUAUUUCCUCUGCAUCCGUCCUCCUUCAAAGCAAAGUAAUGAAUCUACGUGGUUAUCUCUUCCAGCACAUUUAGCAAAUUCAGAAACUAAGGUCUCAAUUGUUUCAACGAAGAGCAGAGCCGGUAGUUAUGCUUCACCAGCACCAUCUGUAGGUCUGAACCAGAUUUUAACGUUUUCAGAGAUAAAAGAAGCUACAAAUAACUUUGAUGAGGACUUGAUUUUAGGCAUAGGAGGCUUUGGAAAGGUCUAUAAGGGAGUCUUGGCAAAUGGAACUGUGGUUGCAGUUAAGCGUGGAAACCCCAGAUCGCAACAAGGCUUCUUGGAAUUUAGGACAGAGAUUGAGAUGCUUUCAAAGCUUCGGCAUCGUCAUCUGGUCUCACUUAUUGGAUACUGUGAGGAGCUCUCAGAAAUGAUUCUUGUUUAUGAAUUCAUGGCUGGUGGUCCUCUCAGGAAACAUUUGUAUGGCUCAGAACUGCCACCACUUUCUUGGAAGCAAAGGCUUGAGAUCUGCAUUGGAGCUGCAAAAGGCCUGCACUAUCUUCACACAGGAGCAAUGGAAGUUGUCAUCCAUCGUGAUGUAAAAACCACCAACAUUUUGGUAGAUGAGAAUCUCACUGCCAAGGUGGCAGAUUUUGGGUUGUCAAAGGCUGGGCCGACACUUGAUCAGACUCAUGUUAGCACUGCAGUGAAGGGAAGCUUCGGUUAUCUUGAUCCAGAAUACUUUAGAAGACAGCGGCUCACAGAAAAAUCAGACGUAUACUCUUUUGGGGUUGUGUUGAUGGAAGUGCUUUGUGCCCGACCUGCAAUUAAUCCGGCAUUGCCUCGAGACCAGGUCAAUAUAGCAGAGUGGUCAAUGUAUUGGCAAAGGAAAGGUCAAUUAGAGCACAUAAUAGAUCCACGUUUGAAAGGAUCAGUGGAUCCUUCUUCCCUGCGCAAGUUUGGUGAGACAGCAGAGAAGUGCUUGGCAGAGCAUGGUGUUGAGAGGCCGGCAAUGGGCAAAGUCUUACAGAACUUGGAACUCGCUCUUCAGCUGCAGGAAUCUUUCCAAAAGGUUUAUGUUACUGAGUUCAAUGCCAGAACCAAACCCACAGCGAAGCACUUGUUGCAUGUUUCUCCAUCUGAUCCUGAGAAAAAUGUGACAGCAAGUGAUGAAGGUAAUUCUGAAGGUACUAACACAAGUUCAGUGUUCUCCCAGUUGAUGAAUCCAAAAGGCAGAUAGGAUGGUCUAAACCUGUUCUUUUUUUCUUUCAUGGUAGAAACUUUGUACAGAAUCAUGAUUCCUGUUCUCAAAUCUAUGGCCUUUCUGAUGGUUCA